AUGUGGCGCUACCUAGGGUUCUCAUCAGGGACGGAAAACGCCAAGCCUGAACCUUCCCGAAGCCUCCCAGCUUCUUGGUACCGAUCUCCUGAACUGCACCAACUUGAGCGACGAGCCAUCAUCUCCAAAAAUUGGAUCUUAGUCACGCAUUCCCUGCGAUUCAAGCAAGCCGGCGACUAUGUGUCUUUCAACUACGCCGACUUCCCCUUCUUUCUCAUCCAAGACCGAGAAGGCAACAUCAACGGCUUCCACAAUGUUUGCCGACACCGUGCAUACCCUGUCAUUGAAAACAAGACCGGGAAAGCUAGCAUCUUGAGCUGCAAAUAUCACGGCUGGUCGUAUGGGUUCAAAGGCAAUCUUGCCAAAGCCCUACGCUUUGACACAGUGAGAGGGUUCGACAAGAAUCAGCAUGGCCUUCUACCCAUACACGUUCGGAUUGAUCCUGCCGGAUUCAUCUGGGUGAAUCUUCAAGCAGGGGAGCCUGAUGUGAAGUGGGAGGACGAAUUUGGUGGUGUAUACCAGAAGCCGAGGAUGCAGAACUUCGACUUUGCGGGUGGCUACAACUACGACCAUGUAUGGGAAAUGGAACUCGACGCAAACUGGAAGACGGUGAUCGAGAACUACAACGAAUGUUACCACUGUCCAACAUCACACCCCCUGAUUGCCGGCGUCUCAGACCUGACGAAGUACAAAGUCGAGCCCAGCGGGGGCUGUUUGGAGCAUGAAAUCAUCAACAAAAAGGCGCAAGAGGAAGAAGACGAGUUCAGGAGAUCCAUCACCUUCUUCUUCCCUUCGACAUCUGUAACGAUCACUUCGAACUUUUUCUACAUCCAACGAAUGAUUCCCGUCAGCGCCACAAAGACAAGGAUCGAGAAUGAAGUCUACCGGCACCAUAACGCUGGCGACGAGGAGUUUGCUGCUAUCAACGCUUUCUACAAGCAGGUGCUGGAAGAAGAUAAGCAACUCUGCAUUGGAGCUCAGGAAAACCUCAGCGCAGGGGUGUUCAUCAACGGCGAGCUACACCCCGAAAAGGAGAAGGGCCCGAUUCACUUUCAGAACACCUUGCGAGAAGAGGUCAUGGCGCACCGAAAAAAGGAGUUGGACCAAGGAGCACUAGCUGAAUAUUUUUCGCAAUACCACACCAGCCUUAUUCAAGAGUCUAUCUCACUGGAACACAUCAUGGCGCCUCUCGAGAUUCCCAUCAUCGACUUCUCAGCAUUCUACUCGGAAGAUCCAGCCGAGAAGCAGAAGGUUGUGGACCAGGUCCGCGACAGCUGUCUUUACAAUGGCUUCUUCCAAAUCAUUGGCCACUCCGUGCCCCUGCAACAGCAGAAGGCCGUGAUGGAGAACGCUAAGAAGCUUUUCUCGCUUCCCCUCGAGGAAAAGCAAAAGGUCGCCAAGGAGAACAACAGCUGGAACCGCGGCUACGAGAUGCUGAGAUCGCAGAUCCUCGAAGAGGGCACGCAGCCCGAGUUGAAGGAGGGAUUCUACAUCGGUGCUGAGAUCCCCGAGGACCACCCCUAUUUCGUCAACAAGAAGCUCAACAGCGGGCCCAACCAGUGGCCCGAGGGUCUCGGAAGCGAGCUCGAGACCUUCAGAUCCGCAUCCAUGGAGUACUACUCGUCAGCUCUGUCUCUGGCCUCCGAUCUGAUGAGAGUACUUGCUCUGUCGCUCGAUCUCGAGGAGAGUUACUUCAGCAAGUUCAUGGACGGUGCGGUCGCCACAAUGAGAAUGCUCCACUACCCAUCGCAGCCUGCAGAUGCGGACGAGAAGCUCACUCGUGGUAUUGGAGCCCACACGGAUUUCGGUGCCAUCACCAUGCUCCUUCAGGACAAGGUCGAUGGUCUCCAGGUCUGGGACCAGAAGAAUGAGACAUGGAUCGAUGUCCCACCUACGGAGGGCGCGUUUGUCGUCAACCUGGGCAACCUCAUGGCCCGAUGGACCAACGAGAAGUACAAGAGCAACAUCCACCGGGUCAUCAACAAGUCUGGCCAGGAGCGCUACUCUAUCCCUGUCUUCGUUUCCGGAAACCCGGAUUACCUGGUCGAGUGCAUCCCCACCUGCAAGUCCGCCACCCAGCCAGCCAAGUUCGGCCCUGUCACUGUCGAGCAAGCAGUGUCGGCAGCCUACGCGGAAUCAUAUGGAAGGGCCCAGUUGUACAAGCAGGGUUUGGAGAAGGCCUUGGCUGAGAAGCAGAAGCUUCUGUCACAGCAGCAGGCACAGCCGCCUCAAAUUGCUGUGGCGUAA